GGAAUUAGCGAAGAAUGUAUAUAGAACCUUUUUCUGACCCACCCAGGCUGUUAAAAAAGGGUAAAUGUUUCUUAUGGAAGCUUAUUUUCGUUGUUUGACGAUUUUUAUAGUUCCCCAGCUCACGACGAUCUCACUGCUCAUUCCUUCUUAGUUGAGUUUACUUUGCUGCCCGUUUCGUUUACCAUUGCCUUCAGUUUUUCGUGAGUGUCGAAUCAUUCCACAGUCAUUUCUUCUUCAAAGUUAGGCACGACUUACUUGUUCAGUCGAAGAUUCAUAAUGAUGUGAGAAAUUUCCUUUUUUAUUAGUUAGUUGAAAUAUAGAUAAAGAGAACGAAGUUUUUCCGUUGUAGUUGUGUAUUCGCAGUAGUGUAUGAAACAACGAAAAUGUUCGUCCACCCGGGCCGUGAAGGCAAAAAUGGUUGGUCUGCCGAUGGGGACCGGGGUGGCAACAAGGGCUACCAGGAGUACGGCGGGCGAAGCUAUAAUCACGGCCAAGAACACAGGGCUGGAGAAAAGGGUAACUCAAAAAGCAAGUCCAGCGAUAGAAAUAGAGACAACGCGAAAGGAAAGGGCAAAGAAGACACCGGCAACAAUAUAUCUCGCUACAGCAAGGGCGGAUCCUCAUCCUCGUCGUUUCAUCCUAGUCAGCGCGGUCAGUAUGGUAACACCAGUCACCACACGGGAGUUGGCGAGAAGGCAGCUGGUGGCAACGACAAGGGCACACGAGCUGCAUCUUCAAGCAAGGGCAGCAAAAAUGGAUCCACCUGCUCAAGGAGCAACGGCAGAGGAGCGUACUAUAACAACAACUCUGCUCGAGGAGACCACUAUGCAGACCAUGGACCGUCACCAAAUAUAAAAGGCAGUGGUCCUCGGGAGGGGCCGGAUCCACCUCCAUUGCAGACAGAGCAUCCUCCGUUUACCUUUUUGGAGCUCGCGAAUUCAGAGGAGCAUCGGAAAAACUGGCGUGUCGCUUUGUGGGAUGAGGAAAAGCGAAGUUACGCGUUCUACUACCCGAACUAUCUCGCAGAGGACAAGUUGCUCUACUACUACAAUGAAAUAAAGAAGCACGCUCGAUGGGAGCCAGUAUGGGGUACUAGCACAAUAGAAAUUUAGGAUAUUAACUACUAUCUAAUUUGCGUCUUAAAUUGAUCUGCUCUGUCGAUAUCUUCUAACGAUCUGUGCCUUCUCGAUAAGUCUAAGUUAGUACUAUCGAUCAAUUUACUUAUUGUAUCCACUUGAUUCUACUAGCCCUACUACAUUUCUUAAUCAUCGUUUGUGCCUUUAUAUCCGCUUUCUGUUGUUGUGUCUCUGCUUUUCAAUAAUCUCAAUGUUUUCUAUACCUCUUUCGCGACAUGCAUAUACUUAAUAGGUGGUAGCAAGAUUUCCCGGCAGACGGCCUGGUACGUCCAUGAUACCGAUUGCACGUGCAUUUACACGUAUGGACACGACAGUCGGAUCCCGAAUAAGUCCUCGGAUGCAUUUAAGAAGUUGAUGCACGAGCUGUGGGCAGAUCUGGGGUUCGACAAGAUGACCGUUGUGCCUAAUUCGGUUAAUUUGAACCUCUACGAAAACGAAACGCAAGGAUGCGGAUGGCAUGCGGACAACGAGAAUCUCUUUGACGGCGUGCGCCGCGAUUGCCGCAUCCUGUCGAUGUCCCUAGGCGGUCCCCGAGAGUUUUGGAUUGGAGAGAAGCACGACAGGAAGGUACUACAGAUCUUUUAUGGAAUGAAAAAGUGCUUACGGAAUGAAAAUGGAGGUUGCUUUUACUUAAAAAUCGUCUCCGACGUUUUCGUACCUAUUUGUCGACGGCACGCCGCAGCGAGCGCCCGCACCACCGUGCCGCAUGUGAUUUUUUUUUUACAUUGAGAGUUAAAGUUUCUGCAUAUGGCUUGCUAUUUAGGGCCUUUCAAACAAGGAUGUUCUUUUAAUUUUCAUUCAGAAAGUCUUACUCCUUUUUUUUUGGAUAAAAGGAGUGAGACUUUCUGAAUGCAAAUUAGUUAUGUAGCAAGUGGCGACUGCCACGUUGGCGGACGCGUCUUUUGGUGGAAGGUGCUCGCGACGCUUCUCUGUGCUGUGUCGCUUGCGCUGACACCAUUCCACCCCUCCAGCACACUCUUGUAAGGGCGCGCCUCUGAUCUUCGUUAUGCCGAAGAUCAUUAGGGAUCGACAAGCUCAAUCAAACUAUUAAUUUUCAUUCAGAAAGUCUUACUCCUUUUUUUUUGGAUAAAAGGAGUGAGACUUUCUGAAUGAAAAUUAGUUAUUUGGUAAGUGGCGACUGCCACGUUGGCGGACGCGUCUUUUGGUGGGAGGUGCUCGCGACGCUUCCCUGUGCUGUGUCGCUUGCGCUGACACCAUUCCACCCCUCCAGCACACUCUUGUAAGGGCGCGCCUCUGAUCUUCGUUAUGCCGAAGAUCAUUAGGGAUCGACGAGCUCAAUCAAACUAUUAAUUUUUCAUUCAGAAAGUCUUACUCCUGGCGAUCUUCAUUAUGGAUAAAAGGAGUAAGAUUUUCUGAAUGAAAAUUGAUGGAAUAUGAUUCUCUUCAUAGAUCAACAACUCACAUACAUAGGUUCUCUUCGUACAUGAUCAUAGAUCAACAUCUCUUCAUAAGACUUCCUGAGUGAAAAGCAAGUUGACUAGAUUCUCUUCAUAUUACAUCUUAACAAUAUCAAUAUCAAUACCAUCAUACUACCUCAAGUUAGGUAAAUGAAUGAAUGAAUGAAAACAGGCCAAGCGAGACACGAUUGUAGAGACAACAUUACACGCGGGAGACCUGAUUACGAUGGAAGGCAUGAUGCAGAAGCACCAUUUACACUACGUCCCCUAUUUGCGUUCUCGCGAGAACAUUCGACCACGGAUCAAUCUGACUUUCCGAGACCUCGUCGUCCAUAAGCCUAACUGCAAGAAGAGACGAAUGCAGGUAGGGGGUUCGACGUCGUCCACUGCUCCACAUGCACUUCCUGCAGCUUUUUCUGAUAGAGGGAUGGAAAUGGAUGCGGAGGAGAAACAACGACAAGAAAAGGAGGAGUCUGAAGUUGGCAAGAAACAACAAGAAGAGGAGUCUGCUUCUGCAGUAGAGGGCAAUACAUCAAGCAAGAACACGAGGUUUCGAGGACAUGAAAAGUACAUUCACACAUGGACGCGGGCCCAUGUGCCUUGGGGAAUUGAGCGUGUAGAACCUGUAGAGAAGUGGACGAACUGCAAUAGCUGCGGAGACGGACCUGAUAGGGGUCGACGGUGCAUCGAGGUUCCACGCUUGCCCAAAGUGGAGGUAGAGGGCCGGUUUUCAUCCAGUUCCCCUGAUAAGGCCAGCACUGCCGCGACCAAGAAGGGUGCAACAUCGCGGACCACGGCAAGACGGAAAGGCAGGGCGGGAAGCACGACAGUAACCGAGGAUACCGAUGAGGGAAGCAGAUCCCCUACAGCGAUGAGGGGAACAUCUGUCAAGGUGCAACUUCAAUCUUCUGCGCAGAAAAUAGAAGCUGCAACCGUGGUUUCUAAAUCAGAAUACCGAUGUAGAAUCUGUCUUGCGAACGAGGAUCCGCGGUGGCUUAGCAUGCUAUCUCUUGACGAUUUUCUCGCGGGCCGAAAGCCUGGCGUUGCUUCUUCCGCGAGUGUGGUACUUAAUACAGCGUCACCACCUCCUCCAACUACUUCUUCCACAGCAAAUGCACAGCGUGCGACAAAAGCAAAAGAAGAGACGAAGAAAGCCAAAGAAGAUAGUACAAGUAAGAAAUCGCGUAAAUCAAAACAGUACGCUGAGGAUUCGUUGCGUGGCAUCGAGUUGCCUUCUGUCUACGCGAACAUGGAUUUUAUAGAAGACGCAGCAACCCUAAAUCCACAAGAAGGGAAGACUGGACACCUUCCAGCAGGAAACAAGGAUGCAGCAGGAAAAAAGGAUGCUUCUUUAUCACGCGGCGAGACGGCAGGAACAGAUGCUUCAUCUUCGCGCGAAGCAGCUAGAGGAAAAAGUGAUGCACGCAGCGAAGCCGUGGCAGGAAAAGGAGAUGCAAGUGGCGGGACGGGAAAAAAAGGAACAGCACGCAGCGAGACGGGUAAAAAAGGAGCGCGAGCACAGCCGGAAGAGACGACAAAGGGCGGUAGAGUGGGAGAUCGAAAGCAAGCAGAUGACAGGUAUUUCGAUGACUAAGAGUAGUAGAGGUUCACUUCAGGAUCCGGUGAAUCCUUACAGUACUAGUUAGUAAGCAACCGCUACUGUUUCGUGAUGAAAAUCUCUCUCUCCACCACUGCAGGUCUAAAAUAGAAGAUACAGGCGUCAACGCGUCUUCUGCUGCACCCGCGUCAUCUAGUCCGCAAGCCUCGGAGCCGGAGAAGGCGACCAGAGGAAAGGUAGAACAGUUGCAUAAUAGCAAAGCAUCUCCUUUUCCAGAGGUCGACGGAUCAUCAAAGGGAAUGUCAAAAGAAAAGACUACUACAACGUCCACGCAACAACAAGAAAUAAAGAAGCACGCAACAGCAUCAUCUUCAUCCAAUAUUAAUAAACAAAAGACCACUAGUACGUCGGCUGAGCACACAGAGGAGGUCGUGGAAGAUGAGAAAGCUUAUUGGAAACCAAAGGGCUCGAAUCGAGAGCCCCGACGGAGACGGCCACGCUAUGGAAGGGGCAGUUGGGAAUCAUGGAAGGAAAAAAACGCAACUCCUGCACAAGACAAACCUAGGUCUAGUAAAGAGCACAACGCACCGACAACAGGAGCUUCGCAGCAGCCUGAUGCCUCUGAGAAGGGCCAAACACGUGAACAGAAGAAUGGCAGCGAAAAAGGAAGGGAUCCAGUUGCUGACCAACAACACGCCAGCACUGAACAGCAACACGCCAGUAAAGAUGAAGAAAUGCGAGCCGUAGAUGAAAAACGACUGCCAUCGACUACUUCCGCUUACACUGCUAGAUCGGAAAAUCAUGACCGGUAUCGCGCAGAAUAUGGGCGACACAGAACGCCAGGGGCGCAGAGGGGGCGUUACAAUAAUUACGGGUAUAACCGUCCUCGAAAAGCAGGUGACAAGUGGUGGGACUGGGAGGACGCUGGUACGCACAAACAGCAGGAGACGGUUUGGCGCCCCAAGAAUGCGAGUAGGUAG